GUCACAGGAAUUCACAAGCAUGGGCACAGCAGGAGAUGUGUUCCCUGUCACUCAGAACCCCACCAUCCAGCAAUAUUGGCUUGGACAAUUAAUCUCAAUGAACUGUCCAUAAUAUCUAUGCCAUUACUGCUUGCUGUGCAUCCUCACUGGUAAUUUUUAUUUGAAGUAAUUAAUGAUUAACGGGGGCACUCCGCUUAAUCCUGUUUAAUGGUACUGAAGGGAGCAAGGAGCAGACAAGAUCAGAUGAACUCAUCAAGGUCCUCUUUGUAGCACUGAAGGGUUAAAAGGAAAAUGAAGCCCACCUUCUCCUUGUGUUUAUUACUGGCUGGUUUGUAUGCUGCUGCCCAGUGUCAUCAGCACCCUCACUACCGCAAUAAGCAGGAUGAUCCUAAAGGAGCAUAUUACCCAGGUCACAGUUCUCAUGGGGAAGGAGCUUAUCCAGAUAAAAACAAAACUUUUGUCAAAAUAGCUCCCAGCAAUGCUGAUUUUGCAUUUUCAUUUUACAAGCUGGUUGCAUCCGAGGCAACUGAUCAAAAUAUUUUCUUUUCACCCAUAAGCAUCUCUGCUUCCUUUGCAAUGCUGGCACUGGGUGCCAAGUCAGCAACGCUGACGCAGAUUCUGGAAGGGCUUGCCUUUAACCUGAAAAAGACUCAGGAGCAGGAAAUACAUGAAGGUUUUUGCCAGCUUCUCCACAUGCUGAACCGUUCAGAUGGUGAUCUCCAGCUGAGCCUGGGCAAUGUCCUUUUUAUAGAAGACAUGUUAAAACCACUACAGAAGUUCUUGGAUGAUGUCAAAAGCUUUUAUGAGUCUGAAGUCUUUUCUACUGACUUUAACAACUCCUCUAGUGCAGAGAACCAGAUCAACAGUUAUAUUGAGGAAAAGACAAAUGGGAAAAUUUUUAAAUUAGUGGAAAAUCUUGAUCCUCUCACUGCAAUGGUUCUUGUUAACUAUGUCUUCUUUAAAGCCCAUUGGGAGAAACCCUUCAGUGCUUUAUAUACACAACAAGAGGAUUUUUUUGUGGAUGAGAAAACAACUGUAAAAGUUGACAUGAUGUAUCGGAAGGGUUACUACAGAAAUUACUUUGAUGAAGUGCUGUCCUGUUGGCUGGUUCAGAUACCUUACAAUGGAAAUGUUGCAGCAUUAUUUGUUUUGCCUGAUGAAGGGAAGAUGAAACAGGUGGAAGAUGCUCUCUUGAAAAGGACCAUGUCCAAAUGGGUAAAGUUCCUCCAAGACAGAAAAAUACAUUUGCACAUACCAAAAUUUUCUAUUUCUGGUACCUAUGAUGUGAAAAAGAUAGUCAAACAAAUGGGUAUGACUGAUAUAUUUACUGAACAUGCUGAUCUGUCAGGAAUUACUGAGGAGCCUGGACUGAUGCUUUCAAAAGUGAUCCACAGAGCUGUGCUAAGUGUUCAUGAGAAUGGCACUGAAGCAGCGGGAGCCACAGUGAAGGAGAUCACCUGGAGAUCUGGCGAUUUUCCCCGUCCACCUCGAAUCAAAUUCAAUAGGCCCUUUCUCCUGACAAUUGUGGAUAAGUAUACCCGCACCGUCCUCUUCAUAGGGAAAAUUGUAAACCCUCUGAAAAGUAACUGAUUGGCCAGAGGACGUGCACUUUUGCACAUUGCUGGCUAAUUCCUGUGAUACAGUAAAACAUUUCUGUACACCACUGUGUACUAGUGCUUGUUUUACAACUAUUAUCAUUAUGUACAUUUCUAAUCCCUUAAAAGACAAAAACUAUUUUUACCUUGUCCAAAAGACACUGGUAUUUCUCCCCUGCCUACCACUGUGUACAGCUUGUAGUAUUGAUGAAGUACAAGUCCCCUUUCCACCUUUUUUGUAAGAAGCCCUUCCUGACAUGCUGCAGUGGGGUAUGUAAGGUGGGCUGAAGUCCCUUGGAUGAUGUAGCUAUUGCUGUACACUCAGAUUGUGUGUGUGGAAGGUCAGGAGAAGGGAAAUGGGGAAAAGGAAAUGGGAGGUGUAAGUCCUGUCAGCUUAACCCACCAACCUUUGAUAACUGAUUUAAAUGCAGAUUUCCUCAAUAUUGUUUUUUUUUUUUUUUUUUUUUUUUUUUUUAAUGGAAUGAGGUUGCAAGAUCACUUACUGGGACAUUGGAAUACGCUAUGAUGCAAAGGGUUGGCCAGGGUGGUUGUUUUAGCUUGCUUCCCUGUCUCCUUUGUGGAAGCCUUCCUCAUGCAGACAAGAAAGUUGGUUUGUUUUACUGGGGUAUUGCCCUGAGAUAAAAUAAAUGGUGGGGCAGUCUGUGUCAUAGCACUAGUUUUCUUUUUAUGGAUUUAUUGUUACUGUAAUUUCUCAUUUCUCCUACUGAUGCUGCCUUCACUGUCAUGCUUUCCAGCUAGAUAUGGCAGAUUGUGGUAGAGGAGGAAUGAAAAAUUGUAACUACAGAAAAAUUUUAUUUUCUCACUGGGAAGAGUAAAGCUUUCCUAGGUUCUGUUAACCUCCAUUAAGCUCAGAAAGCUAUCAUAGACACACAUGCAAAAUGCAGGUAAUAUUUGAUAAGUCACUUUCUAAGCAUUAACAGUGGAUUACUGUAUAGAAUAAAGACAUACAGUUAUUUGAAAUUUGUCAUUUUUCAUUCAAAGAUGCAUCAGCCUAAUUUAUUGCUAUUGUAUUAUGUUGCUUUAUAGUGAUUCUUGGUCAAUAGAAUUUUAACAUACCAGAUAUGCCAGGUAGUUGUGUGAUUAUGAAAUGAAGGAAACACAAAGCAGUAAAUAUUUAAAUUAUUUUAUUUUUUACCUUUUAAAAUUAGCAUCUUUAACACAUCCUAUUAAAAUAAGAAAGCGAAUAGAAGCACUUAAAUUACAGAUUGAUUAUAUCUUUUGCUAUAGAAUAACUCAAACUGGUAAAGAUAAUAAAUAAUAAUAAAUAAAUAAAUAAAAUACAAAUGACAAAUUUUUAGACUUUAGUCUCUUAAAAUGUCUGUGACAAAAAUAAAAAUUAUAAUAUUUCUAAAACAUGGUUAUCCUGGUUGAAGAUCUUUAUUUUCUCUGACAUUAAAUUAACGCUAUCAGUGUUAGUAAUUUGUAGGUGUAGGUAUGCUGAUAAGGAAUAGAAAAGUCUUUUCCAUGUCAGCCGAGCAACAUUUGAUGUUCACACUCAAAAUUCUUUUCAAAAUCAUGUAAACAAUGCUAAAACUUCCUUUCUGAUAGCUGUAUUUGGUCUAUUCAAUACUUAGUGAAAGCUGUUGGCUUCAGACUACUAGACAUAUAUACAUGUAAGUACUUAAUCUUGGUAUAACAUGCAUAAAGAAAUUCUAGAGAAGAUCACUUAAAAGUUCUUGGCAAAUCUUAGGGCUAAUUCAGGACAACAUGCUGAAGUCCAGCUUUGCAAUGACAAAUAACUCCAUAGGCAAAUAUCAAGAGACACUAUGUUUGUUGUUCCUUGUGGACCCCAGAUCAAUAGUGUCUAUUUGCUAUCAUUGAAAAAAAAAAUAAAUCAAAAUGAUAUUUUUCCAGUCAGAUUUUAUUUGAGAAGCAGUCUUGAUGCUUAACCUACUUAAAUGUUAUUGAGGAAAACUCAAGCUGCAUGUGGGAGAAUGAGCUGUUUUUCUUUGCCAUUUAGGUAUUAAAAGACACUACAAGAUAUAUUGUGAAACUCUAAUAGAGUGGGACCUUUCCCUACAUUAUUUUCCCAAAGGAAGCAUAAAGAAUAAGUAGGAUGCUUAAUUAGAAUUUGCAUAGAACUAUGCUUAUAUAACAUAAAUUGUAUAUUUUAUUGAAUUCAGAAAACUGUUAAAUUCCCCUCCUCCAAUAAAAGUGCAAUCUUGAAAUAUGUAUAACUUAUUCCCCCCCACCAAAAAAAAAAGUUCUUAAACAAUUGUAUGCCAUUCACUAUGUCAUAUCUUUCACUAAGUGAUUAAAUUUUGCAUUAAAAUAUAGGGGCUAGAGGCAAGGGUGUUUGUGUUUUCAUCCCUGCUAUUCUCAUUGUUAUAAACCUUCCUUUAAUUUUAACUACAGUUUGCUUCUGGACAAUUUAAACCCUUCCGUUUCUUAUUCCACUCUUGUUUGUCAGCUGAAAUACCUCUUCUUUUGCAGAUGUUACCUUCUCUGUAUAUACAGAUUUAAUUUUUAUCUUCCCUCAGCCUAUGCUUUUUACCAGUCCUGGCUCUUUUUCAUCUUCUCAUUGCCUGCCUGUUCCUAAUAUCAUCUUUUUACACCUGUUCCAGCUAUAAUGUACCUUCCUUGAAGAAAAGACCAGAAUGUUCUGACAAUUUCAUAUAAUGUCUUCAAGACUUACAGCUCUCCAUUUACCUGGUCCAAUGCUGUCUGCAACUUUCUGCCAAACAAAGAUUCGCAAGAUGUUUUCCUGAAGAUCAGUUUGAUUUCCAUGAACUGCUUCCUGAUUAUGUCCUCUGAGGCUGGUUACAGAGCUUUCAGCUCUUCCUACUUCACCUUUCCAGGAACACCAACAUGCUUCAAUGUCCAAAAAUCUGAGAUCACUAUAAACCGGAAACCAUUUUAGGUCAGAAACAAUUUCUGUCACAAAUCAAUUCAGUCUGUACAGAAAGAGGGUUUACACUGUCCAUCAGAAACGUAUGGCUCCAUGAACAAAUCAUGUUUCAGCUGAGGCUGUUGGCUUUCCAUUACAUUCCUCACGUCUCUUAUUCUUUCUGGAUAGCUGGCUUUGACAUUUAUUAUGAGAUUUCACCAGUUUAAGCGGACCUGAAUUUUUUUGUUAGGAGUUAAGUGAAAAAUAUGUCACAGACUAUUAUCACAGUAUCUUCAACUGUAUGCAAACCACUAGAUGCUUGUAUUUAAAAAAUAAUAAUAAAAAAAAAAAAAUAGGGGGGAGGGGGAGAGACUUUUCUCAGAAGCUGAUAUACAACCUCCAGGAUUCUUUUUGCCUUCUUAUUCUGUAUGGAGUUCAAGCAAGACAGCAAAGAGUAGAAGAGGGCAUAACAAUUGUGCUAGAGCCCAUGUUAUCUGUGUUACUUGGGGUACAGUUUCCUAACAGUUUCCUAUUUCCCCUUUGUAGAGGGGUGAUUUUGACAAUAGUGUUAAGGAAAAUAACCUUUCUGCAGAACAUGAACCAGGAAACUGUCUGCUCUUUUGGAAUUGUUAGUAAAUAGACAUGCUCUUUGAGUUUCUGUGAAGAAGCAUGCCAUGUCUUGAAGAGCACAGCUCUUACAUGAAAAAAGGCUGAAGUCUAUUGUUUACUUUUGGGAUUUUUGCCAGGUUUACAGCAGUACAAGGGAGCAGGUAGAAGGGAGAGGGGGAUUACCAUGAUGUCCAAGAUGUCCAUGUGGUGCUGUGAGGAGCAGAGACACAAGAUGAGAUUCCUCUUGCAGUUUCUGUGAGGUAGGGAAGCAAGAGCAGCCAGCAGUACGCCAGAGCUAAUUAGCUCAUCUGCCUGGGCAGGCCAGUGUGCAACAUAGACUUUAAGUAUUCUAAUGUUUGAUUGGAACUUAAUUUGUAAAUGUUAGAGCUUUUGGCAUAAAUAAGACAAAAAAAAAAAAAAUGAUGCCAAAGAAAAAGAAAUCAAAGGAAAUGAUUGCCAGGAAAAAGACUUAACAUUGCACUUUUCACCCCAACCAGUUAGAUGUUAUUUAGUCACACGGUACAUGUUCAGAUCAGUUGCCUCCUGUUUGAUCCCCAGGUAACAUAGGUGCCAUAUUCAGCCUGUCAUAUUCCUACUGACCCAGGCUCCUGCCCAGCAAUUACACGGGGACAAGGAGAGUGCCAUGAGAUGAUUCUCCUUGACACAGGCUUGCUCUGGCUGAGACUCUCACUUGCAAGUGCAGUGGUGCUGUUGCUUCUCUACUGCUUGGAUUGCAAAAGUUGGCUUGGGUUUGACCCUCAUGCUGGAUAUAUAAGGCCUUUAAAGCAUUACAGCUUGGGAAUGUUCAGAAUAAAGAUUCUGACCCUUCUGUUAA